ACCGAAAGUCAGUAGUAGGUCGUCUUGAGUAACUCCGAAGGCAUUCAAACGCUCAACGAGGGUUUUACGAUCUCUGGCUAACUUUCGUCCCCCUUCGUAUGGCUGGGAAGGUCAAGCAUAACGUCGUGGUCGGUAAGCCCGGUGGUAUAAGACGGGCAGCGGGAUGUUUCUGUUCGUCAGUCACAUCUCUACCGUUCUCGGGUACACACAACCGGUUGGAAAAGCUAACAUGAACACUUCUCUGGUCCUCGCUCUCCUGGUGGUGUCCCUCGGCCUCGUCAGCGCCAGGAGGAACACCGUCCUGCGAUUCGAGGCGGACGACCACUCGAGGGAAGUGGUAGGGCAUCCGGGCGCCAGCGUCGAGGGAUCGUACAGCUGGACCUCCCCCGACGGCAUGAAAUACACCGUCGAAUACAUCGCCGACGAGCUGGGUUACCGCAUCACGAGCUCCAACGCCGUUCCGAUGACUCAAGGGGGACUCAAGGCGGACGGGAAUCAAGGCUCUUUCGACUCCUACGAAGAGUAAAUGCGCCAAGUGGAAGGUCUUCGCGCCUUCGAGUCUUCUUGCGUCGAAGGAGGACGUGGUGGCGAGCCUAGUCUCCUGUCUGUGUGUAUUUCGGUUUGGAAAGAUAUAUAUGUGUGUGUGUGUGUAUAUCUAUAUGUAUAUGUAUGUACAUAU